CCCAAGCUUCCGAUAAACACGAGUCCUAGCCCUCCCGUCCUCGAGAUAUCUAGGCUCUGCGCCCCCACCGAUACUUCAGCUCUUCGGCAUGUUGCAUAUCUUUUUCCAGGCGUUUCUCCUUGUUUUACACACUCCCUAAUACCCCUACGCGUUGUUCGCUUUGCGUUCGCUACCGUUCUUUGUUCUAAGACGUUCAUUAGUAUGGUUCCUUCCUCUGUGCUACGCGUGUUUGUCGCGGUCUUCUCCUGGAGUUUCGUAGUUGCUGCGAGCACGACGACGGGCACUGCGGCGAGCACAUCCGUUUCUGCGACGGUCUAUCCAGGAGCUGGGAUCUAUAAGUACGCCGGUUGUUACAACGAGACGACUGGAUAUACGGCCAAUGGGGGUGCCAGGGCGUUGAGCGCUGGAGGUUGGACAAUGGAAGGUCAAGACGACAUGACCCCCGAUACGUGCCUCUCCUUCUGCAACGGAAUGAACUACGCUGGCCUCGAAUACGGACGCGAGUGCUGGUGUAGCUAUGCCCUCUCGAACUUAUCGAAGAAGUUAGAUGAGAAGAAAUGUGGUAUGGCUUGUGCUGGAGAUGGAACCAAAUUCUGUGGCGGAUAUCUCUCGAUAACGCUGUACAAUCUGACCACAGGGACCGAGUCCACCGACACAAAGACCGGUGGUGUCGGGCAGACGACGUCGAGCACUAGGCUAGCUACCACUCUCAUAGGUAUAGUGGGAGCAAUAGUCCUUCUAUUGUAGCUGUAAAGUCAUGUUUUGUUUAUAUCUCAAUCUACAUACGCUGAACCCACUU